UUUGGAAGCGGAAGUGAAUAUAACUGUGAGAGGAAUCCAUCAGGUGGCAGCAACGUCCGGGAAUGCAGCUGCUGUAAAACCGUAGAAGAAGAAGAAAGCUGCGCGUUGUCUGAAAGGUGGUUUCCUGUCCCAGUCUCUGAUGCUUCCCAGUACCUCACGCUGCACCCAGUCCAUCUUCGCCUGCCUGUCUUUAACCCGGCCUCUGGCUCACUUCACACCACACAUGGACCCAGACCCCAACCGGCUCGUUGAGCGGACUAUCAGAACCAAACUCGCCAACGUGUUCAAGCCGGACCACUUAGAGGUUCUCAACGAGAGCCACAUGCACGCUGUUCCCCCCGGAUCUGAGUCCCAUUUCCGCGUCCUGGUGGUCAGCUCCCAGUUCCAGGGUCUGCCAUUGAUUCAGCGCCACCGUAUGGUUAACGAAGCACUGAAGGAGGAACUGAGAAGCCGCGUUCACGCACUCGCCAUCCAGGCGAAGACUCCCGAUCAGUGGGGGAGUGACCCCACUCUGGGGAAGAGCCCAUCCUGCAUGGGGGGUUCAAGAGGUGAUCACACAGUGGAGGAGAAACUGAAGGCAGGACGAGAGUAAAAUGAUGGAGCGUGACGUUUCCUCCUCAGCCUCAGUCAGCACUGAUAUUUAAAGGUUUAAUAAUAAUAAUAAUAAUUCACCUGCUUGUACUAAAGACAGCUGCAGGUGUUUUACAACAACAGUGACUCAGAAAGCCACAAACAGCAGAGCUUUCCUAAAGGUUGAGAUCCCACUGUGGGUUGUAAAACAAACAUGGGCCUCGAGCUGAUCUCCAGAUAUUAAACGAUUAAAUAUUAAUUAAUUAAUAUUAUUGCGAACAGCAUUUAUUUUUGUCACAGUUGUUACAAACAGCCAUCCUAAACUAAUAAAAAUUGCC